AUGCUCAAAGAAAUUCUUAAAUUCAAAAACUUUGCAUGUUUUCGUAAUGAAAGUAAUAAAAUAAUUAAACGUGGAAUAAAUUGUAUAAAGAAAGUUAAAACAUGAACGUAAAUAUUUUAAAAGCCCAGAAAACCAAAUGACACUGUGCAGUUGCAAUUUGCAAGUCACACGGAAAGGACACCAGUUCUUUAAACGAAAUAGAAAAAGUGGUUGCGGCCGUUUAAAUAAAAGAAACUAUUACAAAGUAAUUGAGAAUAAAGUUUAAAAAAAAACUUAUAUUAUAUUCAAACGGAAACUAGGCGUUAAGGCAAGUGCUGAGAAAACGUUAUUUGCUGACAGUGAAAUAGAAAAGCUUGCCAAAGAAGGCAGGUCAAUUGUGUUGUGGCUUUAGCAACUGGUGGUUGCGACAAAAAUUUGUUUGUUUGCCAUCAAGUGUGUGAUUGUGUGACUCAGAGUUUUUGGAUUUAUUUAAAUUCGCAUAAAACACGCUAACUUCUUUUUAAAACAACUACAAUAAUUACUUUAAGAUUAUUUCGAUUUAAAAACGGAAAAUACAAACAACUAUAACAAAUCAAAGUAUAAACAAAAAUGUCCGUUUAUGCCUGGGGCGCAAAUUCACAUGGCCAACUUGGCCUUGGCUAUGAAUCGGAAAUGUGUACUACACCUCAAAAAUUAAAGAAAUGCUCAUUUACACCUUCAAGUGUGCGUUCAAUUAGAGGCGGUGGUGGUCAUGUUUUAAUUUUAGAUGCCUGUGGCCGUGUGCAUGCCUGUGGUUGGAACAAUCGAGGCCAACUAGGCUUAGACUCAAUUCGAGAUUGUUUAAGUGAAUUUAAGGCUAUACCGGGAAAAUUCUUUCAGGACGAUCCGGUCGAUGUUAUAGCCUGCGGCUGGGAUAUGUCGGGCUGUAUAACAACAUCACGUAAACUUUACGUUUGGGGUUCAAAUGCCUUUCAACAACUGGGCAUAUGUCAACGUGGUUUUACCUCAAUACGCAAACCCUUUCAUAUGCAACUACCACGUAACGAUACCCCAAUACGCCUAAGCUUUGGCAUGCGACACACUGCUGUACUUACAGAUGAUUCGAAAAUCUAUAUUUAUGGUCGUUUGAGAGUCUCUGAUAUAAUGCCCGACGAAAUAAUUAUAGUGAAAAUAAGUCAAAGUUCUAUGGUGGUGAAAUUAAUACCGCGCUUAAGUGGCGAAUUGGCCAUACAAAAUAUAGUCAGCGGGCAAAAUCAUCUAAUGAUGCAUUUAGCAGCAGCCGAAGAUCAGGCCGAGAAUAAGGCACCCGCCAAACGGCUAUUGGUAUUGGGUGAUAAUAAAUUUGGCCAAGCCAAUUCGUUUCAAUUCGACGAAGUAAUUAAAGCUCUAGCAUCCGGUUGGACUCACAAUGCUGUAUUGUUGCAAGACCAUCGUAUACUCUUAUGGGGUCGAAAUUGUUAUGGCCAAUUGGGUUCGGGUAGCUACACGGAAAGUCAUCCCACUCCCAUAGAAUUAAAGUUUUCCAAGGCCAUCAUGCCGGUGCAACUUCAUUUGGGCUCGGAGCAUGGUUUGUUUAUGUCCAAAGAGGGUGAUAUAUACACUUGGGGUUGGAAUGAGCAUGGCAAUUGUGGCAAUGAUUCUACCAAUAAUGUUUGCAAACCAAAUCUAGUCGAUUUGCCUACUUCGUGUAAAAUAGCUGGCUGUGGUGCUGGUUUUUGUAUUGCCAUUUGUGAUAGUACUAAUUAAAACUUAUGAUUUGUUUUUGUACAUUUGUAGUUUUAUUCUAUGACGAAAGUAAUUGUUUGGGUGCCAUUGAGUGUCUUAGUACUAUAAUGUGUUUUAAUUUUGUAUACUUUUUAUAAGAUUUUUAUCGAAAGUUUAUAUUAUUUGCCGCUUAUGUAUGCUUUCAUUCUGUAACACAUAAUAAGAGCAAAUUUCUUAAGCACAAAUAAAGUUGUUAACUUAUUUUAAAAUUG